GUCAGUCUGCAGGCGUGGAGGAGGGGAAAGAAGGUGUUUGCACCGGCGCUUCGCUGUCUUUUGGGCAGCGCUGGGGCUGCCGCCUCUCCUCCUCCUGUGGAUGUUUCCAUGUUGUUUGGUGCAUGAUUGAGAGCAGCAGAAGAGGAGGAGUUGUAAGCAGCCGUGUCACAGACAGGAUUGGGGAGGGGGAUUUUGUGGAUGUGUCCUCGCGUGCUAGCUCUUCCCGGGCAUCUUGCCUAGCGUUGCUGUUGUCCCCGGGAGUGGGGGCUCCUAUUUGAGGAGGAGGAGGAGGAGGAGAAGAAGGGCUUUCUUGUAUUCGUGGCUUUGUGUGUGUGUGUUGUGUGUUUCGGAGUGGGGGCGGGGGUUGUGCCUGAACCAGUUAGGAAGAAUGACUCUGGAGUCCAUCAUGGCGUGCUGCCUGAGCGAGGAAGCGAAGGAAGCCCGGCGGAUCAACGAUGAGAUUGAGAGGCAGCUCCGCCGGGAUAAGCGGGACUCCCGCCGCGAGCUCAAGCUGCUGCUGUUGGGUACGGGAGAAAGUGGUAAAAGCACAUUUAUUAAACAGAUGAGAAUCAUCCAUGGAUCAGGAUAUUCUGAGGAAGACAAAAGAGGGUUCACAAAGCUGGUGUAUCAGAAUAUAUUCACAGCAAUGCAAUCUAUGAUCAGAGCUAUGGAUACACUCAGAAUUCCAUACAUGUAUGAACAUAAUAAGGCCAAUGCACAACUAGUUCGAGAAGUUGAUGUAGAGAAAGUGACCUCAUUUGAGAACCCCUAUGUAGAGGCAAUAAAGGCUCUAUGGAAAGAUCCUGGAAUACAGGAAUGCUAUGACCGACGACGGGAGUAUCAGUUGUCAGAUUCUACUAAAUAUUAUCUUAACGACUUGGACCGUAUAGCAGAUUCUGGUUAUCUGCCUACCCAACAAGAUGUGCUUAGAGUUCGAGUUCCAACAACAGGAAUUAUUGAAUAUCCAUUUGACUUACAAAGUGUGAUUUUCAGAAUGGUGGAUGUGGGAGGCCAAAGAUCAGAGCGAAGAAAAUGGAUACACUGCUUUGAAAAUGUCACAUCUAUCAUGUUUCUUGUAGCCCUUAGUGAAUAUGAUCAAGUACUUGUGGAGUCAGACAAUGAGAAACUGUUUGAUCCUGUCAAUGAAUGCUGA